GUGGACGUGGGCCAUGCUGCCGGCACUGGGCUACCCGGCCGGGCCCUGCGGCCGGGCCGGCGGGGGCAUCCUCAGGGCGUACUGGGUGACCCGAGGGAAACCGUGGCUGCUGGGCGGGGAUUGUUUGGGUCGCAGCGCCAGCGCUAGCUCAUUUGAUGUAGUGAUUGUCGGCGGUGGAAUUGUGGGACUAGCCUCUGCUAGAGCACUCAUCCAGCGGCAUCCAGCACUUUCCAUUGGUCUUCUGGAAAAGGAGAAAGACUUAGCUCUUCACCAAACCGGACACAACAGUGGCGUCAUCCAUAGUGGAAUCUACUAUACACCUGCAUCUCUGAAAGCCAAAUUAUGUGUGCAAGGCGCUGCUCUCAUCUAUGAAUACUGUAACAAGAAGGGAAUUGCCUACAAACAGUGCGGCAAGCUUAUAGUAGCUGUUGAACAAGAAGAAAUUCCCAGACUUCAGGCUCUAUAUGAACGAGGCCUUCAGAAUGGUGUCCAGGGCCUGAGACUGAUCCAGCAGGAAGAUAUAAAGAAGAAGGAGCCGUUCUGUAGGGGAGAGGAGGUUCGGUGUCAGAAUGUUGUUACAUGUGCAGGACUUUACUCCGACCGUAUUUCAGAGAUGAGUGGCUGCAAUCCUGAUCCUCGAAUUGUACCCUUCCGAGGUGAUUAUCUGCUGCUGAAGCCAGAAAAAUGCUAUCUUGUGAAAGGAAAUAUUUAUCCGGUCCCAGACAGCCGGUUUCCCUUCCUAGGAGUUCACUUCACACCGAGGAUGGACGGCAGUGUUUGGCUAGGGCCUAAUGCAGUUCUUGCCUUUAAACGUGAGGGUUACAAACCCUUUGACUUCAGUGCCAGAGAUGCUAUGGAUACAAUUAUCAACAGAGGUCCUGCUGGAGUAAGAGCCCAAGCCCUGGAUAGAGAUGGGAAUUUGGUGGAAGAUUUUAUAUUUGAUGGAGGAAUUGGGGAUAUUGGAAGUCGCAUUCUUCAUGUGAGAAAUGCACCUUCCCCUGCUGCCACAUCUUCUCUGGCAAUUUCUGGAAUGAUUGCAGAUGAAGUACAAGAAAGAUUUGAAUUGUGAAUAAAAGAAUGAGAGGAGCUAGGGAUGCAUUUUAAUCUCUACAUUCAGCAACAAGAAUCCACCCAUGGCAUUCUUUGAUUUUAAAGCAAAGUAUUUUAAAAUCUCAUUUUUAAGUCACAGAUAGCCAUUUAUUUCUUACAAGUGACAUAGAACCAAUGAAUGAUCUUGUAAAAAUCAAAAUGCAGGUUCUGUGACUCCAGCAGCUUCCCUGGCCUGGCCAGAAACUGUAUUUCUGUGCUGAGCCUCUGACUGUCGAUGACCUCAUGUCACUAAGCGUGAUCUAAAGAAGAGUCGAUUCUUUCACAAUUGCAGGGAAAGAUGGACUUACAAAUUGAUGAUUCCCUGAACCUUGGGACUUCGGAAUAGCCAAGCUUUUUUUGUUCCUCCCAGACAAGAAAAUAUGUUGUCUGACAAAAUAAUAUGUUGCAGGCUAAAAAUUCGAAUUUUGACUUAUAGAAAAAUUCAGAUUUUCUACAGCAACCAUAUUUGUGUCUAUAAAUUUAAAUUUUGAGUUGAAGAAAAUACACAAAUUUUACAUUUUCAAUAGUUUAUCUGAGAUUUUUCUUACCCAUAAUAUUUGUCAGAAAGAACUUUGCAAAAUAAAAUAAAAACUUUACAGUGAAUUUGGUGUAUUAUCAUCUCUAAACAGCAGUCUACUGUGAGUAGUUGUUGCCUACUCUUCAGUGUUCUGUGUUUAAGAAACAGAAAGAACUUAAAUCUUUUUUUAUGUCCUGACAUUGAUAUCUAGAAUCGUGACUUAAAAAAUUGUUUAUCUCAGUCACAUUAAACAUCUCAAAAUUGGCCACACUCCCUGAUGAAUCCUGUUUACUUGGUUUUCCAGAGCUCCUAUAAACUCUCAUAAGGAUAUUUCUCCAUUUUUGGUAAAUUCUUAAAUUUGAGACAUUCACUUCGGUAAUCGCGAAAGUGCCUUCCAUUCAUGUGCGUUUCAUGGGUGUUUUAAAGGGCUGCCUAGUGCCACACCGUGUUCUGUACUGGCAGCCGUUGAAAUGAUUCUUAUAACUCACCAAGUUGGAAAAUAGAAAUGAAAAGAAAAAAAAUGUAACUGAAGGUAGAAAUAGAAAAUAGAAAUGAAAAGAAAAAAAAAGAAAAUAGAAAUGAACUGUAGCAACUUUGUGUGACUGGGAAGGCAUUUACUGCAGAAGCGUCAUUUUGGUGAGAUGGUGCUUGUCCGUGCCCCUCACACGUGCUUUCUCAGGAUGCCUCUCCCGACUUGCGCCCUGUCUCUCCUCUGCCCUCUCUAAAGCUCUGCCAUAGAGGAGCGGAGAGGGGGUGAAUGCUGACUCACGGGAGGGCUUUCCUUUCCUUCAUUUGAAACCUCAGCAAUUACACUGACUGAGCUCUCCCUUCCACUACUGUGAAAAGUUACCAGCCCCAAAGGCUCUUCAUAACGGCUGAUUUCUGUUUCAGGGUAAGAUUAUUAAGAUACAGAAUAUAUUAAUAAUUCUCUCUUUUGUCAACAGUAAGAUUCUGUGUACACUAAACGGAAUGACUGGAAUUACGAAAACAAAGUACUUCAUUAAAAUAAUUUCACUCUAUUCGCAUCUGUACUGUAUAACCCCAAAAAAUACAAGUAAAAAAUUCUUUGAAAAUGCUUUAAAUUUAUAGAUGAUCCUACUUUAAAAUACUUAAUAUUUUGUCAGUAGGAUUUAUUAUUUAAUACUGGUACAUUUCGGUUUUGUGUACUUCUAAGAAAAUGCACAUUAAUAUUAAAAAUGUUUAAUGAGCCUUGGUGUUAUUGAAAACAUUUUUAUUUUUGUAAGAACCGUUACUCAAACUUUCUGUGUAAAACAUUAACUUAACAGCAUAA